AUGGCCGAUUGUGUUGUUCACUAUGACUCACUGGACACAUCUAGUGAUAAACAGAUUCGACCAAGUGCAAAUACAUUUGAAACUUUGCUCGAGUGUAAGAAAAUACGAGAGAGUCUGGGCGGUGAAAAUCAUCACAUUGAUCAAUGCAAUAAAAUUCCAGAGAAUUUGGGAGAAAUUGAGUACUUCUACCAUCGAAAAUGUUUUCAAAAGUUUGUAUAUGCCAAAACGUUAUUGAAACGGAAAACAAGCCAAGACGGCUGUCAAGGUUCCAAUAGCAAGCUUCAAAAAUCAACAAGAAAAACAUCACAAAGACAAAGUGAUGAAGCUACUGGCUCUAGAGGACUGUUCCCGAAUAUAUGUAUGAUUUGUAAGAAGAAGGAGUUAAGGGUUAAAAGUGUACGCCAGUCACUAUCUAGGAUUGUCACCAAUACUGCAGAAAGAACACUAAAAGAAGCUGCAAUUGCUCACAAUGAUUUAGAAAUGAUGACAGCCGUCACCGAAACUGAUUUGAAAGCAAAAGAAUUUCAAAAACACGAAAAAUGCUAUCUUGACUAUACUAGAGUCGUCAGGAAAACAGCUGAAUCAACCGAAGGUGGAAAUGAUGACAAACAAUCAGGGGACUACAACGCAGUACUUUCUUUGGUAGACAGUGAUAUUAUAGGCUGUCAGCAAUGUUUGUCAAUGGAAACACUAAUGACAAGAUAUUGUGGUAAUAUUGGAACAAGGCAAAGCAGACACAAGCUGAAGGAACGCCUUACGAAGUCAUUUGGCGAUCAAAUAGUUUUUCUUCAAGCAGAAUAUCAUAUUUCGCAAGUGCUGAUAAGUAAAGAAUGUUUGCACAAUCAGAUGAUUUCGGGAAGUUCUACACGUAUUCAACAAUCCGCCUUAAAAAGGGCAGCAUCGUUUCUGCAAGAGUCUGUCUUAAGUUUUUUAGAAGAGGCUGACCCACUUCCAUGGCCACCGACAGUUGAAAGUUUGGUUUCAAGAGAGAGACAAUACCCAGAGCUUCUGCAAUUGUUUUUCAAGGAACUUUUGUCUUUUAAAGGAAGUCAUCACGUCACUGCCGAAAGAGUAGAUCGACUGACUGACUCGUUUUGUCAAGAUGUCAUUCACGCUGUUUCAAAGGGGAAAUUCCUUACGCCAAAACACGCAUCACUAGGUCUAUGGCCUUCAUAG